GUGACGUAUACUGGUGCCGGUAUGUCUGGCAGCGCUGUGAAAAAAACAACGUUGUAGAUGGUUGGCUUUAUUCCAAGGUGGGCAUUUGUUGAAUUAUAAUAUAAAUCAUAACAUAGCCACAUAACCUCCAUCAAAAAUUGUUACUUUACACCAAAAAGAAAAGCAAAUUUAAUUUGCGAGUAUGGGUUUCCUCACAGUAUUAAAGAAGAUGAAACAGAAAGAAAAGGAGAUGAGAAUUCUUAUGUUAGGUUUAGAUAAUGCUGGAAAGACAACAAUACUCAAACGAUUCAAUGGGGAACCAAUAAACACAAUUUCCCCAACACUUGGUUUCAACAUAAAAACUCUAGAGCACAGGGGUUAUAAACUAAACAUGUGGGAUGUUGGUGGACAGAAAUCCCUGAGAUCAUACUGGAGAAAUUACUUUGAAUGCACAGAUGGCUUGAUUUGGGUAGUUGAUAGUGCUGAUAAGAGAAGGCUAGAGGAUUGUAAGAAGGAACUAUUUGUUCUAUUGCAAGAAGAGAGGCUAUCAGGAGCUACUCUGCUAAUAUUUGCAAAUAAGCAAGAUUUACCAGGAGCUUGUAGUAAAGAAGAACUUAGAGAUGUAAGAGUUAUUUAUUAAUCUAUUAGACUCAUGUAUCAUGUGUAAUAUUCUUGAAGAUGAAUCACUGUUGUUUUGUAUUAAUUCCUUUUUUAUAUAUAGGUUUGCACAAGUUCCAACCUCUGACAAUUAAACAGAAAUUUAGAUAAAUAGAAUAGGAAAUAUGGAAUAAAGAAACAUAACUUAAUUUUUCAGAUACUAGAUUUGGAUUCAAUAAAAACACAUCAUUGGAAAAUAAUAUCGUGUAGUGCUGUGACAGGUGAAAAUCUCUUAGAAGGUAUGGACUGGAUUAUUGAUGACAUUGCUGCAAGAAUAUUCACACUUGAUUAAUUUAUAAUUUUCUACAUUUAUUAAAUAAUACACUAUGCUUUAUUUUAUACGUUUUUAUAACUAUGAACACAAAAAUGCUACGGUGUUUCACAAUUAUAUUUAAUAAAGCACAAUCUAAGUUAAA